UUUGUGACGACUUCUUCGAAGACCUGUGGAACGCGUUCAACAGCCUCAGCUAUUCCAAGGACGUUACGGGCCAUACACAUGUCGCUGAAAGCGGAAUCACCAGUUCCCCACCUAUGGUGUCCAGCAGCAGCAUCAAUCACGCACAGCCCAGUACAAGCCGCGCUGGCAUGGAGGAAACAUCGGCCAUUCCGAAAAACAUCGAUAGGAAUGCUCCUGGAACAGGAGGAAGGGAACAGCGAGAGUUGUGCAGUGUCUGUGGCACCGUUUCGAACUGGCCGGACGCCUUACACGGGCGCGCCAAGGAACCCACAGAUGACACAGCCCAGAUUUGCAAAGCCUGUGAUCAGUCGUCUGUGAAGAAGUCUGUCGAAUAUUGCCACAACCUCACUGGCAAAAAACACAAAUGCGAAGCCUGUGGCAAACAGUUCGACCGUGCCCACCACCUAGCUCAACAUCAGUGCACGGACACAGACGAGAGACGCUACAAAUGCCAUAUGUGUAAAAAAUCGUUCCGGGAUUCUUAUAAUCUAAAAGUCCAUAAGCGCACUCAUACAGACGAGAGGCCCCACAAAUGUCAACUAUGUGCUAAAUCGUUUCGGCAGUCUAGCCAUUUAGAUAACCAUAAGCGCACCCAUACAGACGAGAGACCCUACAAAUGUCAAAUAUGUAAUAAAUCGUUCCGGGCGUCUGGUCACCUAGAUAACCAUAAGCGCCUGCACACAGGUGAGAAACCCUACAUUUGCGAAGCAUGCGAUACAUCAUUCACGCAGCUGGCGACUCUCCGUAGACAUGAGCACUCUCACGCAGAGGAGAAACGUCAUGCAUGCCAAAAAUGUGCUAAAUAACUUGAAAA